ACAGUUAAUUCAUUUCCCACUGAGCUGCUGUCUUUAGUUCACUAUCACUCAGCAGAGGAACAUGUCGAUGCCACUUGCCUUCUACAUUUGCCUGACUCUGUUUUUGUCCAUAUUCUCUGGAACAGAUGGAUAUUUUGAUCAGAGGGUGACACAGUGCCGAUACUCCUCAAAGGACCUGCAUGGUAUAGAGUUUAUAGACUCUUAUGUUUUCAAUCAGGUUGAAGACAUCAGAUUCAACAGCACUGUGGGGAAGUAUGUUGGAUACACUGAGCAUGGUGUGAAGAAUGCAGAAGCAUGGAACAAAGGUUCUGAGCUGGCUCAAGAGCUAGGGGAGCUGGAGCGUUACUGCAAGCCUAACGCUGCUAUCUACUACAGCAACGUACUGGAUAAGACAGUUGAGCCCCAUGUCAGACUGAGCUCAGUGACUCCCCCUAGUGGCAGACACCCUGCCAUGCUGAUGUGCAGCGCCUAUGACUUCUACCCCAAACCAAUCAGAGUGACCUGGCUGAGGGACGGACAUGAGGUGAAGUCUGAUGUGACCUCCACUGAGGAGCUGGCUAACGGGGACUGGUACUACCAGAUCCACUCCCACCUGGAGUACACACCCAAGUCUGGAGAGAAGAUCUCCUGUAUGGUGGAGCACAUCAGCCUGACUGAGCCCAUGAUGUAUCACUGGGACCCGUCCCUGCCUGAGGCUGAGAGGAAUAAGAUCGCGAUCGGGGCGUCUGGUCUGGUGCUGGGAACCGUCUUGGCAUUAGCAGGACUGAUCUACUACAAGAAGAAGUCUUCUGGGGUGCUCUAGUAGCAAUAAGGCUUGAAGGCACAUGUCUGUAUCUGCUGCAGAAAUGGAUCCUAAUGAGAUGUUCUUGUUAUGAAUCAGUGUUCCUGAAAGGACAUUUCUGCUGGAGUGUUUAACUGAACAUGAAUCUAUACUUUCCUAAUGAAUAUUGUUGGUAACAUAUUAUCCUUACACCUUUCAUUAUUAAUCCAUUAACAACUUUAGGCUUGAUAGUAAUAAGACAGUUAGCGUUAUGAGAAUCAGUUGUUUAUUAACCUAGUAGAUGUGGUAGAGCUGCUUUAACUGACCUGCUAUAACACAUGUUAUUAUGAGUGGGCAGCUUAUACACCAGUCCACUGUACUGGGGGUUCUUUACCCAGCUGUACUGUUAUGUCUUUUUCACUAACAAAUAACACACUUGUUCUUAAAGCAAAGAAGGAAUAUGUUCAGUAAAUGGUUAAAAUAUUGUGUGUGGUAACACUGACGUUUUAAGAGGAAGUAAAACGCUGGUUAAUGAGAAUAGGUUCAGUCUGUUUUCAUUUCUUCAUGUUUUAGACUUUAAAUGUCCCCCUGUACUGACAUCACCCCCCUGUACUGACAUCCCACCCCUGUACUGACAUCACCCCCCUGUACUGACAUCACCCCCCUGUACUGACAUCACACCCCUGUACUGACAUCACCCCCCUGUACUGACAUCACACCCCUCUACUGACAUCACUCCCCUGUACUGACAUCACCCCCCUGAACUGACAUCACACCCCUGUACUGACAUCACACCCCUGUACUGACAUCACCCCCCUGUACUGACAUCACCCCCCUGUACUGACAUCACACCCCUGUACUGACAUCACUCCCCUUGUACUGGCAUCACCCCCCUGUACUGACAUCACACCCCUGUACUGACAUCACCCCCCUGUACUGACAUCACCCCCCUGUACUGACAUCACACCCCUGUACUGACAUCACUCCCCUGUACUGACAUCACCCCCCUGUACUGACAUCACCCCCCUGUACUGACAUCACCCCCCUGUACUGACAUCACUCCCCUGUACUGACAUCACCCCCCUGUACUGACAUCACUCCCCUGUACUGACAUCACUCCCCUGUACUGACAUCACUCCCCUGUACUGACAUCACUCCCCUGUACUGACAUCACUCCCCUGUACUGACAUCACUCCCCUGUACUGACAUCACUCCCCUGUACUGACAUCACUCCCCUGUACUGACAUCACCCCCCUGUACUGACAUCACCCCCCUGUACUGACAUCACUCCCCUGUACUGACAUCACCCCCCUGGAAGGAACCUCCUUCAUGUCUCAUUGAUAAUGUUUUAUAUGAUUGAUUUCAGCGCCCUUCAUUUGCAUGUUUCUCAUUUUCUGCUCAGUCAUGGUUGUGGUGUCUUGUCUUCUAUAUAACUGGGACAUAUUUUAGACAUUCCUUUGAUUUGGUACAAGCUUUUCAAUAAACCAUUAAACAUGUCA